CAGUGUUGUGCUGAGAGUCUCUCCCCCCUGUGAGUCCGCUCCGGCUGUGCGGAGCCUCCAGUCCGUGUUUUCCCGCCCGCCCGGAGUGUGUGUGUGUUGGUUGGUUGGUGGAUGUGUCUCCGGCUCUUGUUUACAGCAGUCACGUCAGAGCGCCAGAGGAGCGGAGCUCUGAGGAGGAGAAGAAGAUCGGAGGAGAUCGGGGAUGACAAUGAUCGCUCGGCUCACACACAUCGCCCGCUCUGCGCCCUGACACGCUCGCGCAGGAGGAUCUGUGACCUUCAGGCCCCCCCCCGGAGUGAGCGGACACUUUGCCAUUCAUUGCCCCCCCCGGGGGUGACAUGGAGGGGGAGGACUCGGAGCGGCGCGCCGGUGGUGUCCGGCUCGGUGUAACGUGCAACGUGUGCGAGCGGCGAGGCUGACAUCGGGGAGAACCCCGGGACUGGCCGCUGAUUGGCUGCUCUUCCUGCUAUACGGGAGACUAUAGAGACUCGGGGCUGAGGCGCUGAUUGGCCGCUCCGCGUUCUAUACGGGAAUACUCCGCGUUUCGUAGUGAAUACGGACCGAGGUGCUGAUUGGAUAUUCCGCGUUCUGUACGGACUGAGCCUCGGGCGCUGAUUGGUGCACACGCCACGCUCUAUACGGGAUACUCUGCGCUCUGGGCAAGCCGAGGCGCUGAUUGGCUACUCCGCGUUCCAUACGGGAUACACAACCUUCUAUACUGGAUACUCUGUACUGAAUGAGGCUCCGGCGCUGAUUGGCUGCUCCGGGUUCCAUACACACCGAGGCUCCUGCGCUGAUUGGUGGACACUACAGACUCGGGCUUCCCAGUGAAGGGCCCCUUUAAGGCUGGGAGGUAUUUGGGGGUCACCGGCUCCCCCCAGACUGCAGCCUCUAAUACAAGGUCACAGCGGCCACCCACCCCACAUAUCGGGGGUCAGUGUGUGUGUGGGCUCCGGCCGCCAUCUUUGUUUCGGUCACUUUUCGGGCUGUGGAUGUGAGGGGCCCCUCAGAUCGCUGGAGUGGCGGAGAGCCGCGUGUGUUCCUCCCGGGAGAUGAAGACCGGCUGGGGGGCUCCGGCCUGGAUGUCGGGGGUCUUACUACUACUACUGGUCCUGUGUCCGAGCCUGUGCCUGGGGCCCCCGGGGGGCAAAGUAUGCAGCAACAGCAUGGACAUACGCAACAAUGUAAGCGAACUUAAGGAGCUGGAAGACUGUGUCGUGAUUGAAGGCUACCUCCAGAUUUUACUCAUCACCAACGCAAAGGUUGAAGAUUUCCGGAACUUGCGUUUUCCCAAGCUCACGGUGAUUACAGAUUAUUUACUGCUUUUCCGGGUGUCGGGCCUGGAGAGUCUGAGCGACCUCUUUCCCAACCUCACCGUCAUCCGUGGCCGCAUUCUCUUCUACAACUACGCCUUGGUUAUCUUCGAGAUGACGGACCUAAAGGAGAUUGGGCUUUACAGCUUGCGGAAUAUUACUCGUGGUGCUAUAAGGAUCGAGAAGAACUCCGACUUGUGCUACCUUUCUACCGUGGAUUGGUCGCUGGUCUUGGAAGCGGUCUACAACAAUUACAUUGUCGGGAAUAAACCACCAAAGGACUGUGGAGAUAUGUGUCCUGGCACUAUGGAAGAUAAGCCAAUUUGCCAGAAAACCGUGAUUGACAAUGAAUUUUCAUACCGCUGCUGGUCAGCCGAACAUUGCCAGAAAGUGUGCCCCGGCAAGUGUGAGAGACUCUCCUGUACAGACAAGGGCGAGUGCUGCCAUCCGGAGUGCCUGGGAAGCUGUACCGCUGCAAACAACGACAGCGCCUGCGUGGCUUGUCAACACUUCUUCUACGAAGACAGAUGUGUCCCCAGCUGUCCAGAGAACACCUACAGCUUUCAGGGGUGGCGCUGCAUCACCUUGGAAGAAUGUGCCAACAUGCACACCAUAUAUAACUCCCCAACUCAUUACAUCCUCCAUAACGGGGAGUGUGUGUACGAAUGUCCAUCAGGAUAUCGAGUCAAUGACAGUCAAAGUAUGUUCUGCAUUCCAUGUGAGGGCCAUUGUCCUAAAGUCUGCAUCGAGGAGAAGACCAUUGAUUCCGUCACCUCCGCCCAGAUGUUGGAAGGAUGUACAGUGCUGCAAGGAAACCUUCUGCUCAACAUCCGCAGAGGCCAAAACAUUGCCGCAGAGCUGGAGAACUUUAUGGGUCUCAUAGAGACGGUGACCGGAUACGUGAAAAUCCGCCACUCCCACGCUCUGGUUUCGCUGUCCUUCCUGAAAAGUCUGCGUUACAUCAAUGGAGAGAACCUCACCGAUGGGAAUUACGCCUUUUAUGUUCUGGACAACAACAAUCUACAGCAACUGUGGGAUUUUUCGAAACACAGCCUCACCAUCAAAACCGGCAAGAUGUAUUUUGCAUUUAACCCAAGGCUAUGCGUAAAAGAGAUCAAUGACAUGGUAAAUGUGACAGGAACCACAGGACGGCAGACAGACCAGGACAUAAAUCGUAAAAACAAUGGAGACCGAGCAUCUUGUGAAAGUCACACACUGAACUUCAUAUCGAACAGCACGCAGAAGACCCGGAUCAUGUUGACCUGGGAGCGAUACCGACCGCCUGAUUACAGAGACCUCAUCAGCUUCACUGUCUACUAUAAGGAGGCUCCUGUUCCUGAUGUGACUGAAUACGAUGGUCAGGACGCAUGCGGGUCAAACAGCUGGAACAUGCUGGAUGUAGAUCUACCGCAGAACAAGGAGAAGAACCCCGGGGUCCUCCUGCAGGGCUUGAAGCCCUGGACUUCCUAUGCAAUCUUUGUGAAAGCUCUCACACUGAUUAUGGUGGAGGAUAAUCAGUUCCAUGGAGCAAAGAGCAAUAUUGUCUACAUCCGCACCGAGCCUGCAGUUCCCUCCAUCCCCCUGGACGUCAUCUCGGCCUCCAAUUCCUCGUCUCAGCUGAUUGUGAAGUGGAAGACUCCGUCUCUUCCAAAUGGCAAUCUCUCCUAUUACAUUGUGCGCUGGCAGCAACAACCUCAGGACAGUUAUCUUUACCAGCACAACUACUGCUCCAAAGAUAAAGUUCCUAGUCGAAAAUAUGCCAACGAGACGAUUGACGCAGAGGGUGAGAAGGAGCCAACCAAGACCGAUGCUGAAGGGGGGCGAGAGAAGGGAAUGUGCUGUGCCUGCCCCAAAACUGAAGCGGAGAAGAAGAAAGAGAAAGACGAGGCCGAGUACAGGAAGAUGUUUGAGAAUUUCCUACAUAACUCCAUCUUUGUACCCAGACCGGAUCGUAGACGACGUGAUGUAUUCGGUGCUGCAAAUGCAACGCUCCUCGGCGACAGCAAGAACAGCAGCACCACAAUAGACUUCUCCAACGCGUCCGACUCUGAACCGAAGGAGAUAGAGUAUCCGUUCUAUGAAACAAAAGUGGACUACAGACACGAGAGGACGGUUAUUUCGAACCUGCUGCCAUUCACUCUCUACCGCAUCGAUAUCCAUAGCUGCAACCAUGCAGCCGAAACGGUUGGCUGCAGCCCUUCCAACUUUGUCUUUGCCAGAACCAUGCCUGCAGCUGGUGCCGAUAAUAUACCUGGAGCGGUCCUCACUGAGGAAGCGGAAGAAAAUGCAGUCAUCUUAAAGUGGCCAGAGCCACCUAAUCCUAAUGGACUUACUCUGAUGUAUGAGAUUGAAUUUAAGCAAGGGGAGCAACGCCUCAAAGAAUGUGUUUCCAGACAAGACUACAGUAACUUGGGAGGUAAAAAACUCACGCGGCUUAACCCAGGCAACUACACCGCGCAGGUGCGCGCCAUUUCGCUCUCUGGAAAUGGUUCCUGGACGGAUAUGGUGUCAUUCUUUGUAAAGGAAAGAACUCCCGAGACUCCUGAAAGCCUCAUGCACCUGGCCGUGGUCCUUCCAGUCAUUACAGUUUUAAUACUUGUGUCCAUCUUUAUUAUUGCCUGCUAUGUCACCAAGAAGAGGAACAGCGACCGGCUUGGCAAUGGAGUGCUGUACGCAUCGGUGAAUCCCGAGUACUUCAGCGCAGCGGAAAUGUAUGUGCCCGACGAGUGGGAGGUUCCUCGAGAGAAGAUAACUAUGAACCGUGAGCUGGGGCAAGGCUCGUUUGGCAUGGUGUAUGAAGGACUUGCGAAAGGGGUAGUGAAAGACGAGUCAGAGACUAGGGUGGCCAUAAAAACGGUGAACGAAUCAGCUAGCAUGCGAGAGAGAAUAGAGUUCCUAAAUGAAGCUUCGGUGAUGAAAGAAUUUAACUGCCAUCAUGUGGUCCGUCUGUUAGGCGUCGUUUCCCAAGGUCAGCCAACACUUGUCAUCAUGGAGUUAAUGACUCGUGGGGACCUCAAAAGUUACCUGAGAUCUCUAAGGCCAGAUGCAGAGAACAACCCCGGACUACCACCCCCCUCCCUGAAAAAGAUGAUCCAGAUGGCGGGAGAGAUUGCAGAUGGGAUGUCGUACCUCAAUGCAAACAAAUUCGUUCAUCGAGACCUCGCUGCCCGGAACUGUAUGGUUGCAGAAGACUACACAGUGAAGAUUGGAGACUUUGGAAUGACCCGAGACAUUUAUGAGACGGACUAUUAUCGUAAGGGAGGGAAAGGUCUCCUUCCGGUACGUUGGAUGUCUCCGGAGUCUCUCAAGGACGGAGUCUUCACCAUUCACUCCGAUGUCUGGUCUUUUGGCGUGGUCUUAUGGGAGAUAGCCACGCUGGCAGAGCAGCCAUACCACGGCAUGUCCAAUGAGCAGGUUCUCCGCUUUGUUAUGGAAGGCGGACUCCUGGAGAAGCCAGACAACUGUCCAGAUAUGCUGUUUGAGUUGAUGCGCAUGUGCUGGCAGUACAACCCUAAGAUGAGACCCUCUUUCCUGGAGAUCAUCAGCAGCAUUAAAGACGAGAUCGAUCCCAACUUUAGGGAGGUGUCCUUCUUCUACAGCGAAGAGAACAAACCGCCGGACACGGAAGAACUAGACCUGGAGGCAGAGAACAUGGAAAGCAUUCCAUUGGACCCGUCGUGUACCUUGCAGACCUCAGAACACCACGUGGGGCACAAGUCAGAAAACGGUCCCGGCGUAGUCGUCCUCAGGGCAAGCUUUGACGAGAGACAGCCCUACGCGCACAUGAAUGGGGGGCGCAAGAACGAGAGGGCGCUACCUCUGCCACAGUCCUCGGCCUGCUGAUCCAGGCUUGCGGUCUGACGGAAAACACUUGUGGAAACACACCGCCCCCUUGUGUUACCUGUAGGACAUAACCCACAGGAGGCUUCCUCCAAAAAAAACAAACAAAAACAAAAAAAAUCAGUGCAAACACUAAUCCACUUUCUGUCUUUUUGUUUGACUUCAGCCCCCCUGGCUGAGUUAGCACUGGUGUACUUACUUAUGGAUGGAUCUAGUACGUCAGACCAGUGCCCCAACUUGCGCCUGUGUGACACGGUAAGUGUGUACUUGCUCUUGCACACGACAAGGCUGAAAGCACUUAUUUUGCAUCGUUUGGGCCAGAUGGAAACAAACUACUUUUUUUCACUUUUGGCUCACUAUAAAAAAAUAUAUAUAUAUAAAAAAAAAAGACACAUUUAAGAAAGGUAAAGCAUAUUGCAACCCAGACGUCUAUUUAAUUCUGCCAGUCUUUGCCAAAUAGAUUUUUUUUUCUUUUUUUACAGCAUGGACAGUUCGGAUGUAUGAAGUCACUUUUCAUAUCGCAAAGCCCAUGCACACCUUGAUCUUUUUUUUUUUUUUUUUUUUUCUCCUCAUCCAAUGGGGACGUUUUUUUGUUUUUUUUUUAUGGAGUAAUCCUCUUUUUUUUCUUUUUCUUUUUUCUUCUUCUUUUUUUUUUUGAGGCGGAAAUGGUCUUGCUUUUGUGUGCGUGGAAAUAACAUAUAUUCAAAGUAAAUGUAAUAUAUGUUAUAAAACAUGAUCUGGACGAACCCAGCAAGAAGGAAGUCUGUUACAAAACGUGGAUGACGAAGCCGCAAUUUUCAGGGGAUCGCCCAGCAAUGAUAAUAGAUCUUUUUUUGUUUUUUUGCAGAAGGUUUUCUUUUAUUGUAAGGAAAAAGGAAUGAAAAAAUAAUUGCGUUGGCCAGUUGGAAUUCUGGAAUCGCGCGCUGGAAUAUUCUAGAACAACAGACUCACCUGCAAUUGCCAGCUGUCUCCACAUCUCCCUGAAGUUAUUCUUUUGGGCCUCAUAUAUAUAUAUAUAUACAAGUACAUAAUUUGGCGGGGUGGGGGGGGUGGGAGGGGGAAUGGGUAGAGUGGGAUUUUCUUUCUUGCUAAGACUUUUUGUAGAAGGUCCUUACAGUUCAAUGUGAGGUCAUAGCGUCAUUUACAUACGCAUUUUGUGUCCCUUUUAUAACUUUUUUAUGGUUCAGAUAUUCAUCUAUGUCUGUACAGAAAAGGCUGCUAUUUUUUUCUUUAUCUUUUUUGUGUAUUUAAUCUAUGAUAGAAAAAAACGGAAAAAAAAAAAAAAAAUACGAAAAAAAGCACCUUCAGGUCUACUCUUCCAUCUCCUCAUGUUCUAUAAAUUUGCUUCUUGUUUCCCUAAGGCUUACACACACACACCUACACAAAAAAAAAUAGUUAUAUGUACAAGAGGCUUCCAUUGGAUGGAAUGGGAGACUUUAAUAGAUCGCAAGGUGACGCGCUGUUUCUACACUUGUAUGAAUAAGCCCCCCCCCAAUUGUGUCAUAUGAUUCCCUACAUUGUACACCUCCCAUGAAUGAACUUGUAGAGGUAGCCAUUUAAUUGUUUAUUGCCUUUUAUGUGUGGCAUGAUUUGUUUUUUUUAUUAUUAUUUUAUUUUAUUUUUUGUUUUUUUUGUGCUUCAUAGUAGUGUAAAACCAAGUGUUUAGAGAAGGGUGGUGGUGCAGACAAAGUAUCUCAAGAUACAGUGUAAUUAUUUUCCCUUUUUUUUUUUAAUCUCCUCACACAGCUAUCAUUUUUGUUAUGUUGCAAUGCGUCAAAUAACUCAGGUCGAAAAACAAAACUGACAACGAAAAAAAAAAAAAAUCAUCACACAGUCUCAUAUUAACGCUGUUUGUCCCUUCCUAGAAUCGGAGCCAGAGCCCGUCGCUGGGCUGUGGUUACAGGGCGGCUUGCAUGUUUUUCCAUCUAUCUCUCCUGUAUGUGUACUUUGUGUGCGCGUGUGUGGUUUCAUUCUUGGAUACAGCACCAAGCUUUAAGUCUCGAUGUCUAUUUUGGGAGCUAUUUUUUCAUUAGCCUACCUGAAGAAGAAGAAAAAAAAAAAAA